AUGCCUCAACUCAACCCCGCGCCUUGAUUUGCAAUCCUAGUCUUCUCAUGAUUGGUUUUUUUAACCGUCAUUCCACCCAAAGUGUUAGCUCACACCUUCCCCAACGAGCCAACACUCCAUAGCACAGAGAAACCUAAAACAGACCCUUGAACCUGACCAUGACACUAA